CCAGGCCGAGUCUGAUUUUGAACUUUGGGAAGCAAGUUAACGCUAACCGGAAGCCCCAGGACUAAAGGCUGGAGCGGCCCACUAAUAUUGCUAAUGUUUAUCUCAGUAUACCCUAAAACGCUUUAGAGACAGCCCUUGCCCUGAACCUACGUACCGCCUAGUCCCCCAGUUUAAAUCCACCAGAAAUUCAGGCACCGCCCUCUAUUCUCCGCACCCUGCGCAGGCGUUUUAAGCUCCCGCUACCGCUCGACAUAGUUCCAUCCCGCCCCUAUUCGUUUGCCUUCGCGGCCGCCUUCACUCGCUUGCGACCGAGUCGCCUCUAGUGACGUCAAGAGCCUCGGCCUCUUUCAUUGGCCCAUUUCAAUAGUCGCGGGAUACUUGAACUGCAUGAACAGCCGCCCCUGCGGCGGGCUGUUCGCUUCAUCUUGGGGGAGUUCUUGGUUCUCCACGCUGGGCAGUGCCUGCCUGCGCCUUCCGCGGCCCCCCGGUUCCAACGCGAUCCCUGCCGGGUGAGGGCGGGCAGACUGGCCGGGGCUGCGGCGGGCGCCUGCAGCUGGAGCGUUCUUGGGCGGGGCUGGCUCGGCCGGUCGGUGGGGCGGAGUGCACGCUGCUUGGCGCCGCAGGCUGAUCCCGCCGUCCGCUCCCGGGAGCAAUGAUGCUGGGCAACUCAGCGCCGGGGCCUGCGGCCCGCGAGGCAGGCUCGGCCCUGCUAACGUUGCAGCAAUCGGCUCUCCAAGAGGACCAGGAGAACAUCAACCCCGAAGAUGUGGUGCCUUCCCAGCAGCCACGGACCCGGGCAGGGCUGGUGGUGUUGAAGGCGGGGAACUCGCGAGGUCCAGCUCCGCAGCAGAGGCCCAAGACGCGACGGGUUGCACCUCUUAAGGAUCUUCCUGUAAAUGAUGAGCAAGUCAAAGUCACUGUUCCUCCCUGGAAAGCAAACACUAAACAGCCUGCAUUUACCAUUCAUGUGGAUGAAGCAGAAGAAACUCAGAAGAGGCCAGCGGAAUCUAAACAAACGGAAUGUAAAGAUGCCUUGGCUUUUAACACAGCUGUUACUUUACCUGGACCAAGAAAACCACUGGUACCCCUUGAUUAUCCAAUGGAUGGUAGUUUUGAGUCACCACAUACUAUGGACAUGUCAAUUGUAUUAGAAGAUGAAAAACCAGUGAGUGUUAAUGAAGUACCAGACUACCAUGAGGACAUUCACACAUACCUUAGGGAAAUGGAGGUUAAAUGUAAGCCUAAAUUGGGUUACAUGAAGAAACAGCCAGAUAUCACGAACAGUAUGAGGGCUAUCCUCGUGGACUGGUUAGUUGAAGUAGGAGAAGAAUAUAAACUACAGAAUGAGACCCUGUACUUGGCUGUGAACUACAUUGAUAGGUUCCUUUCAUCGAUGUCUGUGUUGAGGGGAAAACUUCAGCUUGUGGGCACUGCUGCUAUGCUAUUAGCUUCAAAGUUUGAAGAAAUAUACCCCCCAGAAGUAGCAGAGUUUGUAUACAUUACAGAUGAUACCUACACCAAGAAACAAGUUCUGAGAAUGGAGCACCUAGUUUUGAAAGUCCUUGCUUUUGACUUAGCAGCACCAACAGUAAAUCAGUUUCUUACCCAGUAUUUUCUGCAUCAUCAGCCUGCAAACUGCAAAGUUGAAAGUUUGGCAAUGUUUUUGGGAGAGUUGAGUUUGAUAGAUGCUGACCCAUACCUGAAGUAUUUGCCGUCAGUUAUUGCUGGAGCAGCCUUUCAUAUAGCACUCUACACAGUCACAGGGCAAAGCUGGCCUGAGUCGUUAGUACAAAAGACUGGAUAUACCCUGGAAAAUCUUAAGCCUUGUCUCAUGGACCUUCACCAGACCUACCUCAGAGCACCACAACAUGCACAACAAUCAAUAAGAAAGUACAAACAUUCAAAGUAUCAUGGUGUUUCUCUCCUCAACCCACCAGAGACACUAAACAUGUAACUGAAGACUGCCUUUGUUUUCUAAGAUGUAAAUCAUUCAAAGUAUAUGGUGUACAGUUUUUUAUCUUAGGUUUUAAUUUUACAAUCAUUUCUAAAUACGGAAGUUAUGGUCAAUAACAAAUUAUGAUAUCUAUACUUUUUAAUGGCUUUAAUUUGUAUAUCUUUUGUACAUGUAACUAUCUUAGAUAUUUGGCUAAUUUUAAGGUGGUUUUGUUAAACAAAGUAUUAAUAAUGCCAGCUGUGAGGAUAAUAAGAAUUAAUAAUUGAUUUGGAAAAUUUGAUUUGCAAGUCCUUUAAUUUGAGGUGAGAUCUGACCUCUUCAGGAUUUCAUUCAUAAAAUCUAACUAAUUAUAUAUAAUGGAAAUGAGGGAGGUUUUCCCUAAAAUUAAAUUAGUUUUAGGAAAACAGAUCCUCACGUUCUGGCAUACACUUUCCUAAGCAACUGGGCCUAUUUGCCUAUGAACAUAUCUAAGCAUAUCUCAAAUAAAUCUGCUGAUGAUCCUACUUAGGCUCUACUUAGACCUUUCUGCAUUCCUGCAGCUGCCUAUGAAAAAUGUUGUUUCCUUCCCCAUCAAUUUGACCUAAGCCAAAGCUACUUAAAACCUAUUUUAAAGUUUUGAGACGAGAAAAAAAAUGAACCCACAAAUGUAACAGAAAGGUUGUGGUUGGGGUGGGAGAUUGUUGUGCAAAUUAACAGACAAGAAAUACUCCACAUGGUUUAUUUUAAAGCAUUAUAUUAAAAAAAAAAAAAUAGAGAAGCAACUAGAUUUUAUAAUGCAUUUGUGAAUAAAAAAUACCCAUGGUUGUUAGCACUUAAUAAAUAUCCUUUUAAUAGUAUACAUAACUAUUGUUAGCUUUAAUUAGCGGCUCUCUUCUUUUUCCUCUUUUCACUGGUUUUUUAGUUGGUGUUUUUUCUUCUGUUGCACUGAUGGUCUGUGUUCUGUGAAUAAACAACGCAAAUUAAAGCUAACAAUUGAACUAACAGUAUUAGCAUAAAAAGUUGAUUCCAGGGGUGCGGGAACCAGAACAGCAAGACCCAAUGGUUUACCAGACUCACACCAUUUUGCUGACUUAAGUUUUGAUCACAGAAAUAGGAGGCUUUCUUUGUAUUUCUCCAAUAGGAUAAAAACUUGCCAAUGAUAAGAGCAAAAUACAGUAAUUUUACAAGGCAUCCAAACAAUUUUAUGAUAGAAUUAGGUCCUAAUGUUUGUAAAUCUCAAGUUGAAGAAACUAUGGAAGAACAGCUGGGUUUCUAAUGAAAAUUAAAGCAAUGUUUUUUUCAUAGUAGGUAAGAUGAGAGUAAAACCAGAGGGUGACAGGAAGCCUCUAAAGUUUGAAUGUGUUUAUACAUUUGAAAUAAACCAGAA